AUUGUCAAACAUAAUUCUCAUCACGGCUUCGCCACAUGUAAAAUUUUAAUUUUGUAAUAAUUCACAAUAUAAAUUAGCAAAUAACCACAAAAAUGAAACCCCUUAUGUUGCAAGGGCAUGAGCGUGCCAUAACGCAAAUCAAAUAUAAUCGUGAAGGAGAUUUGUUAUUCUCGGCUGCUAAAGACUCUAAACCGAAUGUCUGGUGGUCACUAAAUGGCGAGCGGCUCGGUACAUUCAAUGGUCAUGGCGGUGUAGUGUGGUGCUUGGAUGUAGAUUGGCAAACUAUAAACCUGAUCACCGGCGGUGGCGACAGUUCUUGCAGAUUAUGGGACCUAGAAACUGGAAAGAAUAUAGCAACAAUUAAGACAAAUUCAUCAGUGCGAACAUGUAACUUCAGCUUCAGUGCAUACCAGGCUGCCUACACUACAGAUAAGGCUAUGGGACAUCCCUGUGAGGUUUUUAUAAUUGACACAAGGACCAUUGAUGACUCAAUCUCCACCCAAUCACCUAUCCUGAAAUGGGAAAUCACAGAUUCAAAGGUGACAUCCAUGGUAUGGGGAACUCUAGAUGAGACAAUCAUCACAGGCCAUGAAACUGGGGACCUUAUUCAAUGGGAUCUUAGGACUGGGAAGAAAGUACAUUCCAUCAAGGAACACACCCAUCAAAUCAAUGAUAUGCAGUUAUCCCGAGAUGGCACCAUGUUUAUCACAGCUUCCAAGGACCAAACUGCUAAGCUGUUUGACACCAGCUCUCUCGAGCUGUUGAAGGAAUACAAAACUGAGCGCCCAGUUAACUCUGCUGCUCUCAGUCCAAUUCUAGACCAUGUGGUUCUUGGUGGUGGCCAAGAUGCUAUGGAAGUAACCACUACCUCAACAAGACAGGGAAAAUUCGAUGCUCGAUUCUUCCACUUGGUAUUUGAAGAGGAGUUUGGACGUGUCAAGGGUCACUUUGGACCCAUCAACAGUUUAGCCUUCCACCCUGACGGAAAGAGCUACGCUUCAGGUGGUGAAGAUGGUUAUGUAAGAGUACAGAGUUUUGAUCAGUCCUACUUUGAUUAUACUUUCGAUUACAACAGAGACUAAGACGAUAAGAGAUUUGUUGGUUACCUCUAUUGUAUGAGAAAUUCAUAUUUGUGAACAAUUUAUUAAAAUAAAAU